AGGUUUGUAGGUUACAAAUUUAUAAAUUGUAAAGUUAAAGGGAAAAAUAAUACAUAAAUGGAAGUUUCGAAAGAGUUAUUUUGCAGACUUUGCAUGAAUACCGUGAGCAAAGAAAAUUUUACAGUAAUAGAUGAAUCUAUAAGAGAAAUUUUAAAGACUGUUUCACUUAAUCCGGACUUGGACAACAACUAUAAACACGUCAUGUGUAAAACCUGUUCUAUGAAAUUAUACUCGUCCUUCAACUUUAAAUCCGCUUGCCUCCACAUUGAGGACAAGAUUGUUUCUUGUGUCAAUUCCAAAGUACCCUUCGUCGAUUUAAGGGAACUUUAUUUAAAGGAACACGAAAACAAACCAUUAGUUAAAAUGGAAGAUAAUCAGAAAAUUUGUCGAUUGUGUUUGCAAUUAAUCUGGGAAGGAUUUAUGUCACUUUAUGACGUAAAAUUAGAGAUGAUUAGUAGAUACAUCCCAGAAGUGAAUUUUGCAGUCACCAAAGAUCCCGUUAUUUGUAGGCAAUGUCUUGAUUCAGUCGCUGUUUACGAUACUUUUAUAAGGACCUGCUUGAAUGUUGCGACUACAAUUCACAAUAUAGCUGACAACAAAAUCACAGCUUUCGGUGCCUGCAACACGUUUAUCAAAAGUGAAAACAAUGAGAAAGAUGUACACUGUGAAAAGAUUGAGUUUGUUAAUAUUAAAGAAGAGCAGGAGGCAGAAGGAAAGCUGAUCAAAACUGAAGAAAUUAACCUAAAGUUUGAAGGAGAGGAAUGGGCAAGUGAUUUCUGUUCCUACAACUUACAUAAUGACACAGUUGGAAGCAAAAUGAGGUGCAGUUAUGAAGAUAUAGGGGAAAUAAAGGAUGAAUAUAUGCUUAAACGUGAGACAGUCCAGGUUCAAAUAAGCAAAUGUGAGGCUCCUUUAGAUGUUCCAUCUUAUAAUAGUGAAUACAAAGAUGUGUUUAACUGUGAUCUGACACAGGAGGAUGCUCCAGAACUUAUACAUUCUAAGAAAAGUUCCACUUACUGCAAGUUUAUACUCGAAGAUCCUUCAGAAAUGCAAAUGUACAAGUGCAAUACAUGUGAGUUUGUAACUAAAUUUAAACUUGUUCUAAACAGACAUCAGUUAUCUCAUAAAGACAAGCAUAACACUUUUGGAACUAAGAAUAAGAGUCAUAUAAAUAAGCAUAAGCUGUCACAGAAAGACCCUUCAGAAGUCCAAAUGUACAAGUGUGAUACAUGUGAUUUUAAAACUAAAUAUAAGGGUCAAUUAAAAAGGCAUGAGGUAUUACACAAAGACCCUUCAGACAUCCAAAUGCACAAAUGUGAUUCAUGUGGUUUUGAAACUAAACAUAAGAGAUAUCUAAAAGUGCAUCAGUUAUUGCACAAAGAUCCGUCGGAAAUCCACAUGUACAAGUGUGACACUUGUACCUUUGAAACUAAAUAUAAGAGUUAUAUAGAUAAGCAUCAAUUAUCACACAAAGACCCCUCUGAAAUACAAAUUUACAAAUGUGAUACAUGUGAUUUUAAAACUAAACGUAAGGGGCAAUUGAAAAGCCAUGAGUUAUCACACAAAGACUCUUCGGAAAUUCAAAUGUACAAGUGUGAUGCAUGUAAUUAUGAGACUAAACAUAAGAGAUACCUAAAACUGCAUCACAUAACACACAAAGAUCCUUCGGAAAUCCAAAUGCACAAAUGUGACACUUGUACUUAUGUAAGUAGAUAUAAAAAUAGUCUAAGAAAGCAUCAGGUAACACACAAAAAGCCCUGGGAAAUCCAUAUGUACAAAUGUAACAGUUGUACUUUCGAAACUAAACAUAAGAGUGUUUUAAACAGCCAUCAGUUAUCACACAAAGACCCUUCAGAAAUCCAAAUGUACAAAUGUGAUAUGUGUACUUAUGAAACUAAAAUUAAGAGGAAUCUAAAAUCACAUCUAUUAACACACAAAGAUUCUUCAGAAAUUCACAUGUACAAAUGUGAAACUUGUACAUUUGAAACUAAACGUAAGAGUCGUCUGAAAAAGCAUCAGUUAAAGCACAAAGCCAGUACAGAAAUUCGAAUGUAAAAUGUAAUGAAACUAAACGUAAGAAAAGUAUAAAAAAUCAUUAAUUAAUACAUGAGAAAAAACCCUUCCAGAGCACAAAAGUGGGAAAUUAAUAUUUGAAAUGCAACGAAGUGGGUGAUUCAAGCUCCAUAGCUCCUGAUGAGGAUUUAUGAGGUUUUGUUAGAAAUAGAGGACCGAUAAUGUCAGCACUUAACCCGAGAGGCAACAUAAGGACUAAAUAAAAUAAACAAAUUUCUCGACUGGGGCAGUGGAGACAAGGAGCCACACAUUCGAUAUUCAGCAUUUGACUGUAGAUGGCCUUAUUAACUAGAUAUCCCAUGUAUUUUAUAAACCAUUUAUAUUUCAAUGUAAAAACUUGUAUUUAUUGUAAUAUAUUGUAAUAUUUUUUCUAACAGGAAAUCGACAUAAAUGUUUAGAAGCUGAUUUAGAUUUCAAGUACCUAUUAAUAUAUGAUGCAAAAAUAGACCGCUGAGUAUAGGGUUCAACAAAUUGUUUCUUAAUUACGUAUUUUAAUUUGAAAUAAAAUUUAUAGAAAUA